AUGGACGCAGAAGAGUUCCGCGUACGGGGUAAAGAAAUGGUGGAUUACAUUUGUACCUAUAUGAAUACGUUGCGGAAACGACGAGUAACUCCGUCUGUGGAACCGGGCUACCUUCGCAAUGCGCUACCUUCAGAAGCUCCGAUGUACCCGGAGCCAUGGGACAAUGUAAUGAGCGAUAUAGAAAGUAAGAUCAUGCCAGGCGUUACUCAUUGGCAACAUCCACAUUUUCACGCUUAUUUUCCAGCUGGAAAUGGAUAUCCAUCUAUUCUUGGUGAUAUGCUGUCAUCAGGUAUUGGCUGUAUCGGAUUCUCAUGGGCUGCUAGUCCAGCCUGCACAGAAUUGGAAAUAAUUAUGUUAGAUUGGUUGGGUAAAGCUAUUGGACUCCCUCCAGCUUUUUUACCUUUCUCUGAAGGAAGUAAGGGUGGCGGUGUCAUUGAGGGGUCAGCAAGCGAGUGCGUCCUCGUGUCAAUGCUCGCCGCGAGGGCGGCCGGUAUAAAACGGUUGAAGCAUCAAUUUCCCACCGUCGAUGAGGGUCUCUUGCUGUCCAAGUUAAUCGCAUAUUGUUCAAAAGAGGCUCAUUCUUGCGUAGAAAAGGCCGCUAUGAUGAGCUUCGUUAAGCUACGCAUUUUACAACCUGAUGAGCAUGGGUGCUUGAGAGGUGAAACUUUAAAGAUAGCAAUGGAAGAAGACGAAGAAGCUGGCUUAGUGCCUUUCUUUGUAUCAACUACAUUAGGCACAACAUCCACCUGUUCAUUCGACAACUUGCUCGAAAUAGGACCUGUGGUACGAAAAUUUCCUUCCGUGUGGCUCCAUAUCGACGCUGCGUACGCAGGAAGUUCGUUUUUAUGCCCUGAGCAUAAAUACCAUCUAGCAGGAGUCGAAUACGCGGAUUCGUUUAACACGAAUCCUAAUAAACUCAUGCUCACUGCAUUUGACUGCUCCUUGCUCUGGGUAAAAAAUAGAUACCUACUAACAUCAGCACUUGUAGUGGAUCCACUGUAUCUGCAGCACUGCUACGAUCACACAGCCAUUGAUUAUCGCCACUGGGGAAUACCACUAAGUCGUCGAUUCCGCUCGCUCAAAUUAUGGUUCAUGUUAAGAAGUUAUGGUAUUAGCGGUUUGCAGAAAUAUGUACGCCGGCACUGUGAACUUGCUAAGUAUUUCGAGCAACUUGUUAAAAAGGAUUCACGAUUCGAGGUGGUAAACCAAGUGAAGUUGGGCUUAGUAUGCUUUCGAUUGAUUGGAAGCCCUGACGAAAAUCAUCAACAAGUGGACGAACUGAAUAAGAAGUUAUUGACUAACAUUAACGCUUCUGGGAAGAUUCAUAUGGUCCCAGCUUCUUUCCGCGAUCAAUAUGUUAUUCGUUUUUGCGUCGUUUACCAAUAUGCCACACGUGAAGAUAUCGAAUACGCAUGGGAUGUUAUUACUGACUUUGCAACAGAAUUGAUAGAAGGACCUGAUAAAGAAAGGGACUUGAAUGAAGAACGUGCUCGACAAACCCGAGCGGAUCUUGCCCGUAAGCGCUCGUUCUUCGUCCGCAUGGUUAGCGACCCGAAGAUUUACAACCCGGCCAUCAAUAAGACCCCACCGCCCUUCCCCACCAGUCCCGAGACUCCACCGUCUGCGGCUACUCCGGACACCCCAUCCGACGCUGGCUCCAUUGUACCCACUACACCGAAACAAUCGUCUUGGAUAAGCUGGCCACUUGCUUUCUUCUUCCAAAGCGUUGACCAUGAUUCCAAUGAUUUGCCACUGAGGUUCCGCCAUCUCGACACAAUGGUGCGACUGAAGAGUCCCAACCAAGGACGCCGCGGAUCGUCGCCGGGAGCUUCUCCCGAACGCCGCGCUCCUUCGCCCUCCGCUAAUUGACCGCGCUUGCUUUAUCGACAUUGAACAUAUUACUGUAUUACAUUAUCAAUAAAUAAUUUUCCUUGCAUUGA